AUUGCGGCCUCUCAACUACUAGUUAAAUCGGAAGAGGUGACCCGCUCCACGGUACAAAAAGCUGUGGUAAUCUUGGCAAGUAAACCUGUAUUCGGACCGAUUAGGGACAAGUUAGGGGUUGUGACCCAGGCUCUCUUCAAUCAACGGGAUUUUAGAGAGAUGGAUAUCCUAGUUGACUUCUUCGCUACUCUUGAAUCAAGUCUUCGAACUCAGCUAACUGAGAGUGGCUUCUAUAUGGGAACAAGCAUGCAUAGAACCCUCAAUCUGGUCAAGGCACUCAUGUUGCAACGGAGGUUGAACGAUUAUGCACGUAUCAAUACUCUCUCGUUUCUCAUUCCAGGUCUCGUUGACAUCUCUUAUGAGGCCAUCGAUCCAUUGGCGAUCAGCUGCU